AUGAAGCUGAUCAGCGACAUUUUCCACAACCAUUGCGGCGGAGACGGAAAGGUGAGCCCCAGCACUUUGAGGGAGCUCCUCCUGACCCUGGGUGACCACAAUCUGGGAAUUUGGGACACAUCAGAUGUUGACACAAUUUUGGCCCGAUGGAGCGAUAGAAGCGCGAUCGACUUUGACGAGUUCGUCAGCUGGGUAUACCAAGAUUGCGCCUUGCUUUCACCUCGGGAUUGCGCGGACGAGUGCUCUCACAGUCCUCGCCAUCUCACAAUUAAUUUUGAUGUGAACAAGACUUUAGUGAUGCGGGACAAGACUGCCGGCAAAUCAGUGGAAGUGGUCAUCAAUGAGGUGCUAGCCGAAACAUGCUGGGGCACAGUGGAAGGGUCAGAGUGGAUCCUCGUGUCCGACAAGCCGUCGUCAUUACGUCCGGAAGCACCCGCAGGUGGUGAGAGCUUAGUUAGCUAUGCUGAGUUUCUGGAGAGGACGAUGCCUGGGAGCGCUGCUAGAAAAGACCGGCAGAAGCUGAAAGGCGCUUUCACUUUGCAGGGGCACCCGGGAGAAAGCAUGGACCACUCUCACAAAGAGCUGUGCAAGCAGCUCAUCUAUCCGGAUGGGUCUCCAGUCCAAGUUGUGCAUGCAUUCUUCCGCCUGCUCGUGGAGCUCAAGCGAUCAAAGCGGUCUUUCUGUUUGAUCUUCCGAAGUUUUGGCGAGGACUUGGAGUUGGUGUCGCAGGAGCUGAAUUCUUUCUGUGAAGGAAAACAUCCAAUGUUCCCAGGAUUCUGCAUGGAUGGCAGUGACGGCGAGCCGGACUACCGAUUCCACAUGGGACAUCCAGAGCGCUACGGCAAUUUCCAUGUGGAAGACGAGGAAUUGCACUUGGUGCUGGGGACCAUUGAGCAACCUGGAGAAGGACGCUACAAGGAUGCACAGGAUAAAACCCUCGCGUUUUUCCAGCAGAACGAUCUGCCGGUGAAGAGGAUAAUUUCGGGCACGUCUGCAGUGGUGGAAUUCAUUUGGGACUUGUCGUCGAAGUGCGUUACAGCCGGAUUCCGGGACAAUUUCCAAUUCUGGAAAGAAAAGAACCACAGCCAGGACGGUGGCAAAUUCUUCCUUUUUGAUGCCUCCCGAAGCACCCAGCGCCAUGAGAUGUUUUUCGAUGACAAUGUACACUUUGACGACUUGAAGAUCGUGCGGCCAUUCAACAGGCUUCGGCAGCGCAAGUCUUGGUGGGGGCUUCCCCUGCUGCAAACUCAUGUGUGCCGGGCAGAUGCCCUCACAGCCAUAAAUGACGACCUGUACUUUGUAUCAGAAGUGCAGAGGAUGGAAGCCAAUUACGAGCAUAAGCUUGCAGCGAUACAGCGCUGCAGCACAUGCCUGCGACGCUUGCCAAAGCACGGUGCUCAGAGCGUUUCACUCCCUGACUUGCAUCGCGAUACGAAUUACGACGCGUGGGAGGGCCUCCGAAAGGAUGAACGUGUCUUACCGCUAACAUCGGACGCUGACGCAGACUUCUUCUCUCCCACUGCCUUGGGUUCUCAAGGAACACAGACAUGA